AUGGGUCUCUGCGACUGGUUCGCCGCAAGGUUGGGGCCUGGCGCAGACAGCAUCUCUCCUGACCAGCUACAAAAGCCUGACUCCAAACAUGUAAAAGCAACCUCUUUCGAAGUUGAAGCGAUAAUGACGGAGCAGCAGGCUGUGGCGGAAGUGCCUGAGCCUUCCAUUGUCAUUCCGUGGGUGCUAAACGAAAUCGUCACCUCUAGCAAUCAGUCUGAGUACUACAUAGCAGAGGGCCACUUUGAGCUUCAAGCUGGGAGGCUGCUCAAUUGCUGGAGAGAGUAUGGAAACCAGUUCCCUAAGGAACUUGCCGCACAAGUGUGCUUGUUCAUGCAAAAGGCAGAGGAGGGCCAGCAACUGACUGAAAGUAUCCGCUGGCUUGCGGGGUUCCUGCUCCAUAUAUUCACAAGCAAGAGGGCGGCAAUUCACAUCAAGAUCAACUCUCAGGAACUGUGGCCGUUUUUCAUGACCUGCUUGGGCCAGCAUCUGCAGUCGGUUUGCAAAGAGUCGCCGGCGGAGGCGAUUGUGGUGCAAGCGAUCGAGGCGUAUGGGCGCACUUCUGAGCGCCAUGGGUCUCUCCGACUGGUACACCGCAAGAAGACAGAACAGGGCCAGCACAUUAUCGAUAGAACUCGCUCGGUUGCGGCGUUUCUGAUUCCGUUGUUUACAAGCAAAAGGGCUGCGAUUCACAUCAAGAACGGCUCACAGGAACUGUGGCCUUCCGUUCUGCUCUGCUUGGGCCAGCACCUUCAGUGGGCUUGCAAAGAGUCGCCGGCGGAAGCAAUUCUGAUGCAAGCGAGGGUCCGGCAACUGCUGAACAGGGUUGAGUCGCUGGCGUUCAACCGUGCGUAUAUGAAGGGCCUCGGUCAUGACAACGAGAGAAGCUGGACUGGCCACGGGAAAAAUGUGAGGAACUUGCUGCGCGGCAUCGAAAAGCUGCUUCGCGAUUCCGCGGGGCUGGAAGUGGAAGCCAAACGGGAGGCGGCAAAGGCCUCGGCAAAACGAGCUCCUUGGGAGAAGGGAGGAGGUGCAUAA